CUUCAGCAAUUGCAGAACAUGAACAUCGUUGACUUUGAUCCUAAGGGUGGAAGGAGAAUCACAUCCAAUGGCCAGCGUGAUCUUGACCAAGUUGCUGGAAGAAUUGCUGCUGCUCUUUAAGAGAUGAAUUCAGGCAAUUUUAUGAAUACAUGAGUUAGCUCAAACUUAUUGUUUCAGUUUGGACCUAUAUAAAUUUAGGGUACUUUUCAAUCAAUUUUGUGGAUGUUUUGCCUUUCGGACUUUCGGCGUCUUUCUCAGUAUGUCAGUUUUGCCCUUUCAGUACCUAGAGAUGUAUUGUGGCAUAUCUCUAGUCCAUAUUUUACAUUGAGUUGGUCCCUUCAAAUUGGCAGCUAUUACCUAAUUGAUAAAAUUCAAAAGCCUUGUUGGAAUUA